AACGUCACAUCAAUCCAAAAUGUCAAAAAUCAAGUAACUACAUGAUGAUACAUUAAAUAAUCUUAAAUCUUAUUGUACUGGAACCAGUCGGUCACGUUUCUCGAAAUGAAAACGAAAUAGUCAGUUUGUUUGAAAUAUUAAUAUCAUUUAUCUGUAUCAAAUACAUUCCAAUCGCCCACUGAUAAAAUUUACAGGACAUCUAUGGAAUGGAGAUUCUACGGUCCCGUGGUAAUGGCGGUGGUACUGUUCCUACUGGUCGGUACCAUCUUCGAACGAAGAAUCGAAGCUGCCAUACGACGUAUCAUAGAACACCAACAACUCCUGCUAGAAGCUAGUCGUGAGGAAGCCAACCUACCUGUGGCCGAAGCUACUGACAGCUCGCAAGCCUCAACUAGCGCUUCCCAAAAAACAUUGGAAUCAAAAAAAUUAAAUGCAACAAAAAGUUUAAUUUCCUCUGCAACAUUCCAAUCUCUUCCUAACUCUAUGUCUAAGCCUCUAGAAUGUGAGAGCAGCACUUUUAUAACCGGCAGCUCCCUAGAACGUAAGAGCAAUGCCUUCAUCAAACCCGUGCCUGAAAUCACAAUAUGACGUACUAAUUAUAAUUCAACUGUCAAUAAAAUAUGAAUAUUUGAA